AUGAAACCCCUGCGCUGCAGCUACAUGCACUACCUCAUGCCCAAGCGCGGCAUCCUGUCGCUGCACAGCGGCUGCAACAUCGGCAACGACGGCGACGUCACCCUGUUUUUCGGCCUCAGCGGCACCGGCAAGACCACUCUGUCUACAGAGCCCCACCGCCCCCUGAUCGGCGACGACGAGCAUUGCUGGGGCGACGACGGCGUGUUCAACAUUGAGGGCGGCUGCUACGCCAAGUGCAUCAACCUGCAGGCCACCAGCGAGCCCGAGAUCUUCAAAGCCAUCAGGUUUGGCUCUGUGCUGGAGAAUGUGAUGGUCAAGGCGGACACCCGCCAGGUGCACUACGCCUCCAGCGCCCUCACGGAGAACACCCGUGCCUCCUACCCCAUCCAAUACAUCGACAACGCGCGCAUCCCCUGCGUGGGCCCGCACCCGCGCAACGUGGUGCUGCUGUGCUGCGACGCGUUUGGUGUGCUGCCGCCGGUCAGCAGGCUGACGCUGGAGCAGGCCAUGUACCACUUCAUCAGCGGGUACACCUCAAAGGUGGCCGGCACCGAGAUGGGCGUCACAGAGCCGGAGGCCACCUUCAGCGCCUGCUACGGCGGCGCGUUCCUCAUGUGGCACCCCAUGAAGUAUGCCGCCAUGCUGGCCGAGCGCAUGCAGAAGCACGGCACCCAGGCCUGGCUGGUCAACACCGGCUGGACAGGCGGCAGCUACGGCGUCGGGCGCCGCAUGAGCCUGCGCCACACGCGCGCCAUCAUCGACGCGAUACACUCGGGGGAGCUGUCGCGCGCGGAGACGGUGGCGCUGCCGCUGUUCGGGCUGCAGGUCCCCACCUCGUGCCAUGGCGUCCCCUCCGACGAGCUGCAGCCCUGCCUGUCGUGGGGCGACGGCGAGUCCUACGCGGAGCACCUCACCCACCUGGCGCGCCUGUUUGUCAACAGCUUCAAGCAGUACCUGCAUGAUGCAGACGAGCAUGUGGGCAGCGACCUGGCCGAGAGGAUCCUGGGCGGCGGGCCCAGCCUGGAGCAGCUUGAGGAGUUUGAGGGCCGAGUGCAGCCGCUGGCAGGCGCGGCGGGCGGCAAGGGCGCGGGCGCGGGCGCGGGGGCCAAGGCGGGGAAGGGCAAGGCCGCCGCGAGGGCGGCGGGACCGGCGGGGACGACCGAGGCGCCGGCGGGGGCGGGCGCGCAGCGCGUGACGGUCUGA